CAGGACGGAGUGGUUUGGAGUUUUUAAAAAUGAAUCAGGAAGGUCUGGGAUGCCUGGAGCCAGGCGGGGCUGAGAAACGCCAAAGCGGUGCCCGGGAUAUAAAUUAAAAAGCCAAUUGACUUAAGAGGCAAACAAUUGGCCAGGUCAGGGUAGACAUCUUUGAUGCUAACUGGCUUUGCCUCCUCCGGCUACUUUCCUUUUAAUUCCUCGGUGCAGCACGCCUGCGCGCAGUUCCCGGUCCUAUUCCUGGCAUGCUGCUUGUAAGAUGAGUGAAGAAGCAGGUGGGGGCAGAGAGAGGGCGAGGGAAGCUCUGGCAUUGAAAACCGCUCACUUUGACAGGAGCCAGCGAGAGAGACAGCCUUGAAUCGAUGUCAGGGACUGCCUACCUGCAAGGUGUGCAAAGAUGAUGACCAUGAACGCCAAGCAGCCUUUCACCAUGCACCCUGUCCUCCAGGAGCCUAAAUUCUCCAGCCUGCAUUCCAGUUCAGAGGCUAUGCGCCGAGUUUGCCUUCCCGCCCCGCAGCUGCAGGGCAAUAUAUUUGGAAGCUUUGAUGAGAGUCUACUGGCCCGCGCUGAAGCUCUGGCGGCUGUCGAUAUUGUCUCCCACGGCAAGAACCAUCCUUUCAAGCCCGACGCGACCUACCAUACCAUGAGCAGUGUGCCCUGUACUUCUACCUCGUCCACAGUGCCCAUCUCCCACCCGGCGGCCCUCACCUCGCACCCACACCAUUCAGUGCACCAGGGACUGGAUGGAGACCUCUUGGAGCACAUCUCGCCCACGUUGACAGUGAGUGGCAUAGGGGCCCCAGAACACACCGUGAUGCCGGCGCAGAUCCACCCCCAUCACUUGGGAGCUAUGGGCCACCUGCACCAGGCCAUGGGUAUGGGCCAUCCCCACGCCGUCUCCACCCACAACGGGAUGCCCUGCCUGAGCGACGUGGAGUCGGAUCCCCGUGAGCUGGAAGCUUUUGCCGAGCGCUUCAAGCAGCGUCGCAUCAAACUGGGGGUGACUCAGGCGGACGUCGGCGCGGCGCUGGCCAACCUCAAGAUUCCUGGCGUUGGCUCACUGAGCCAAAGCACCAUAUGCAGGUUCGAAUCCCUUACCCUGUCCCACAACAAUAUGAUAGCCCUCAAACCUGUCCUGCAGGCCUGGCUAGAGGAGGCCGAGGCUGCCUAUCGAGAGAAGAACACCAAACCCGAGCUUUUCAACGGCAGUGAGAGGAAGCGCAAACGCACCUCCAUCGCAGCGCCAGAGAAGCGCUCUCUAGAAGCUUAUUUCGCGAUCCAGCCUCGACCCUCCUCGGAGAAGAUCGCAGCCAUAGCGGAGAAAUUGGACCUCAAAAAGAACGUGGUGCGGGUCUGGUUCUGCAACCAGAGACAGAAACAAAAACGAAUGAAAUAUUCGGCCGUCCACUGACUGCAGGCAGAGCGGGGCCCAGGCCUGGGCCGGGGCCCCAGGGCCUGGAGAGAGGGAGACGACCGUUCGGGACUUUUAUAUUUGACUACACACAUCACUCCGGGCAGGAAGCUCGCCCAAACCCUGCAGUUAGACUCAUUCCCCUCAAAGCCAUGGACUUUUGUUUCCACUCUGUUUGGUCUCUUGUCUUGUCAUUUCUAGUCUUCUCUUCUCUUGUCCU